GGGUAACUUCUGGUAACUUCUUUGUUGGGUUGGUACCUAUGUGGAUAUUGGUAGCAGCGCGACGUACUGGCGUCUUUAAAGCAUUUUGACGUUGGGUCACAUUUCGAGCAAAAAUGCUGUACUUGGAAGAUUACUUGGAGAUGAUUGAGCACUUGCCUCAAGAGCUCCGAGACAGGUUUACUGAAAUGAGAGAGUUAGAUCUGUCUGUGCAUAAUAAUAUGGAUACGCUGGAGAAGCGUGUCAAAAGUUUAUUUAGUGAAUGCAAGCGGAUGAACGAUUCGACGCCGGCCACGAACAGCGAGUUUAAGGCGAUUCAUCAAGAGUAUUACAAGGUCCUAGAAGAUGCCGACGAGAAAGUGCAUCUAGCCAACACAAUGUAUGAUCUUGUGGACAAGUACCUGAGGCGGCUCGACACGGAGCUGCUCAAGUUCAAAUGCGAACUGGAAGCCGACAAUAAGGGGAUUACCGAGUUAUUAGAGAAGCGCUCAUUCGACCUGGACACACCAAUAGCUAGCGCUUCCUUGUCUUCACAGAAAGAGAAUCGAUACGAGAGGUAUCGGCCGAGAGCUGAGAAGAGGCGAGACAGCGGUAAUUCAAUAAACGCAUAUGUUGAGAAAAGGCAAGCUGUUGGUAAUAACGUACCAAUAGUAGAAAGCAGACAUACAGCAGCAAAUAACAAUUCAAAUAUGGUGAUAGCUCAAAAUUCUAUAAACACUAACUCAUCUGCACCUCAGUACAAUUUGAAUCACAUCGGUGCUGGGCCUGCAAUUGCUGCAGCUGCUUCGCAGGCGAUAGCUGCAACCCAGCAGAUGCAGCAAGGCAGGAGAACGGCAAGUUUGAAAGCUUCCUAUGAAGCCAUUCACACUAGGAUGAAUGUGAAUGACUUUGUGGGCAGGGAAUUAGCUGGGGCAGCACAGACCGCCAUUCAGGCUAUACAGCAGGAUAGCAACAAAAAGAAACAAAAGAAAUUCUCUACGGCUGGCAGCAGCUCUGCCAUCCAGCAGCAAAUCAUAGCUACGCAGCAGCCCGUCGCUGUUCAGCCAACUGCCGCACCCGCAGUCGAAGUGCAAACUCAAGAGGUCACCGACGGCGAAUGGACUUAUGAUCCUAACGAACCCAGAUACUGUUUAUGCAAUCAAGUCUCUUAUGGUGAUAUGGUUGCCUGUGAUAACGAGGAUUGCCCUUCCGAAUGGUUCCAUUAUCCAUGUGUGGAUAUAACGGCGCCUCCGAAAGGGAAAUGGUACUGUCCACAGUGCACCAUCACCAUGAGGAGGAGGGGCGGCAGAAAGAAUUGAUUUUUACGACUGAUUUUUUGUUGCUAUUCCGAUGCGGGCUGAAAGUAAAUAUUAAUAACUGACAAAAAAAAAUUGGACAAAACGAAAACGAUACAAAAAAAA